AAUUGCCGCGAACUCUGAGAUUUUGGGGGCUGCUGGUGUCUCUUGCCUUAGGCACUGGGGCCCUCUGGCCGAGAGCAAAUAUGUAUGAGGUAGAAGCUGGGUCACUUGCUCCUCCAGUGGAUUGCCACUCCAUUACUCAACGUGGGAUUCGAAGUUAGCCUCGCGUUUUGAAACAAGGCUUUGAAGCCUGCACCCACCCUCUAAUUAUCCUGACAAAUCAAAGUUCAAAUUCCUUAACAUAAAUUACAGGGACCUGUAUGAUCUGGCUCUUGCAAAAUCUCCAGCCUGCCAAAAGGUGGCCCAGCACUUUAAUUUACUUCUUGAAAGAUGCCAGGUGCUGGAAAGACAACACUACUGAACUACAUUUUAAUGGAGCAACAUAGUAAAAGAAUAGCAGUUAUUUUAAAUGAAUUUGGUGAAGGAAGUGCAGUAGAGAAAUCCUUAGCUGUAAGUCAAGGUGGAGAGCUCUAUGAAGAGUGGCUGGAACUUGGAAAUGGUUGCCUCUGCUGUUCAGUGAAGGACAGUGGCCUUAGGGCUAUUGAGAAUUUGAUGCAGAAGAAGGGGAAAUUUGAUUACAUACUGUUAGAGACCACUGGAUUAGCAGAUCCCGGUGCUGUGGCUUCUAUAUUUUGGGUUGAUGCUGAACUGGGGAGUGAUAUUUAUCUUGAUGGUAUCAUAACUGUGGUAGAUUCAAAAUAUGGAUUAAAACAUUUAGCAGAAGAGAAACCUGAUGGCCUUACCAAUGAAGCUACUAGGCAAGUUGCUUUAGCAGACAUCAUCCUCAUCAAUAAAAUAGACUUGAUUUCAGAAGAGGAGUUAAACAAAUUAAGAACAGCCAUUAGAUCAAUAAAUGGACUAGGACAAAUUUUAGAAACACAAAGAUCAAGAGUUGAUCUGUCUAACAUAUUAGAUCUUCAUGCCUUUGAUAGUCUCUCUGGAAUAAGUUUUCAGGAGAAACUUCAGUAUGUGCCAACAGCACAACCUCACCUUGAUCAGACUAUUGUUACAAUCACAUUUGAAGUACCAGGAAAUGUAAAGGAAGAAAGUCUAAAUGUAUUUAUUCAGAAUCUCCUGUGGGAAAAGAAUGUGAGAAACAAGGACGGUCACUGCAUGGAGGUCACACGGCUAAAGGGACUGGUGUCAAUCAGAGACAAACCACAACAAAUGAUUGUCCAAGGUGUCCAUGAACUCUAUGACCUGGAAGAGACUCCAGUGAGCUGGAAAGAUGACACUGAGAGAACAAGUCGAUUGGUCCUUAUUGGGAGGAAUUUAGAUAAGGACAUCCUCAAACAACUAUUUAUAGCUACUGUAACAGAAACAGAAAAGCAGCAGACAGCACAUUUCAAAGAAGAUCAAAUUUGUCUAUAACAUGGGAGGCAUUUAUCAAAGGAUUGGAUAAUAAAAAUGAGUUUCCUACUGGGUAUAUUUCAACCAAUAUUCUUUCAUGAUUUCUGUUAUGAAUUCCCGUGUAUUUAAAGAUGGUAUUUAUUUUAUACAAUACAUAAAACUUAGUAUUAUAAAACAUUUGACAUUCAUAAAAUAUAACAAUCUGAAGUUUUUAUUUUAUUCUUUGGGAGACAAGUGUUCCACAAAACUUUCAGAAUUUGUUUUGAAGUUUUAUUUAUAAUAAUGAUGCUAAACUUCAACAUUUUCAUUUUGCUUUAGAACUUCAGCUGAUUGCAAAGAUGUGAUGUUAUUAACAAAAAAAAUUUUUUAAAGCAAAUACUACCACUUUUUAUUAAAUGAAAUAAGACUGUCUUGUCCUUAGAGACUUAGAAAGUGGAAAACAAUUGAGUCAAAUAAAAUUAUCUUUUUUUUAAAUACUCAAUACCAAGCAUUACUGAUAGUAUGAUGAAACUUCAGCCAUUUAUUUUGUAAUACAUUUAGAUUCUUAUUCUAGAACUUUUACUUUUAAAUAAUUUUUACUGAUAAUUGAAUUUAUCUUGGUUAUUGUGAACUUCUUUAGUUUCCAGUAUAAGGUAAAAAUGUGAUAGGGUGGGCUGGGGAUUUAGCUCAGUGAUUCUGCUGCCUGCCUCACAAGCACACGGUCCUGAGUUUGAUCCCCAGUACCAAAAAAAACACCAAAAAGUGAGGAAGUAUAAGCCAUUUGUAACUAUAACAUUUGAUAUAAUGAUCUUUACAUAAAUCAUUGCUAAGUAUUCAGUGAAUCAGUUUUGUUCUAUUCCUAAAGGCCAUGACAGCAUAAUUAUACAGUACCCAGAUUGUUAGAUAGAGAAAAGUACAAAUGGAAUUUAUGAAGAGCUUUCCCAAACUAAUCAUUGUUAAAUAUUGUAGAAGCCUAUCAAGUCCUGGCAUGGUAGUGGACACCUGCAAUCCCAGCUACUCAGGAGGCUGAAGCAAGAGGUUUACAAGUUUGAGUCUAGCCUAGGCAAUUUAUUAGCAAGAUCCUGUCUGAAAGGGCCUGAGGGAGGUGCUAUCAAAAUGGCUUUCGGAAUUUUUUCCCCAGAAUUUUAAGUAAUAGAGAUUUAUCUGUUUUGUGUGGUUGUCCUGGUUGGAAGCAGAAGGCAAAUUGGUUAUUGCAGUUGCCUUCUUUGAAUCAUUCUGAUCUUUCUGUGCUUUUAAAAUCUAGCUUCUCUGUACGCACCUAAUUAUUGCCUCUUGAACCCAUUGCCUUAGCUUAUGUUUGAGAAAUUAUGCUUAUUUUGUGACAGUGAAUUGCUCAAUAGAAAAUCCACUGAUUUUUCAAGAUGGAUUUGGGCUUUAAUUCUAGCGUUGUUGCUUUUUAGCUGGCUAAGUUUUUAAUCUGAGAUUGGUUUCCUUAUUUAUAAAGUGGAUAAUAAAAUAUCAACCAUUCAAGGAUAAAAUAGGUUUAUAAUGUACUCAAAACAGCUUCUGGCUUGUAUGUAAGUAGAACUUACAUAUUUUUUUCUUCCUAAUUCAGAUUUAUAAUUAAUGUGGUCACAAUGACAGUAACAUCUUUUGACAGAUAUUAAGUGUCUAGAUCUAUCUCUUCCAAACCACAAAAAGGGGCUUAUAAUUAGUUUCCCUGUUUUGGAAGAAAUGUUGGAAAUAAUAGUAAUCUUGGGCUGGGGAUUUAGCUGUGGUUCCACCGCCUGCCUCGCCUAGUGCAAGGUCCCGAGUUCAGUCCCCUGUACUGGAAAAAACAAAAAAGUAAUCUGUACUCUUGAAAAUCUGCAUUUGUAAGACUCAUGAAUAUUUUUCCUUUAAAAUGUAUCAAAUUAAUCUUUAAGUGUUUUUAUUACAUAUCUAUUGCAUCGACACAUUUUUGUCUCAAAAAAUGCAAAUAUUACAGCUGAAAUUGGUCUUCCCUGAUUCCCUUGCAUCAUCCAUCACUUAGGAUUAAGUCAGUCUUUUGUCCCUUCAGACAGUUCUUUUCAUUUACAUGUACAUUGUGUUUCACAAAGUGAAUUAUUUUCCAAGGAUCAUAGCCAUACUAUAGGAUGCUUUUUCAGGAAACAUAGACACUUGUCAUAGGUAUCUUUAUGGCUUUAUUUCUAUGUGUGUGUUUUAAAUGAAACAUUCUUUAUAUAAUAGUUUGCUUUUAAAAACUGUUAGUCUUAGAUAUUUCUAUGACUGAUAUAAGUCCAUCUUAACUGCUGCACAGAACUUCAGAAUAUAGUAUAGAAGGCAGUCAUUUUUUUAAAAAGUUUAUAGGGAACUAGGAAUUUACAUAAGUAUUAAUGCAAGGGUAGAACUAGCACACAGAUAAAAGACAGGUUAUCACAUUGCUCAGUCUGGUGAAGGGACAUAUGUGAGAAAAUAGCAAGCCUUAAGCAGGCUGAUAAAUAAAGAUGACUUUAGGCUCUGAGUGCUCAUGCCAGGCACCUGAGCAAAGGUGGCAUUUGAAAACUGAAUCAAAAGGAGUCAUUCAUCCUGGCACUGAGGAGGCUGAGGCAGAAGGAUUGCAUGUUUGAGGCCAGCCUGAGCUACAUAGUGAGACCCUGUCUCAGUAACACCCUCCCCUCAAAGUCGUUCAUACAGAGCAGGAACAGAGGUUCUCCAUAGAGGAACUAAGUCCUAUAGAAGCCCCUGAAGUGGGUACCAGUGGGGAUGAAGGCAAGGGUGGCAGGAGGUUAGAAAGUGAGAGCAUGAGAUGAAACUGGAGUUGUAAAUUGAGACCAAUUUUGUCAUUUCUUGUAGGACAGAGUAAACAUUUGGAUUAUUCUUAAUACAGUGGGGGAGUGACUUAGGGGGUUUAAAGCCUGGCAGUGAUUUGGGUGUGGUGUGGCAGAUAAACCAGUUUCUAUAAUUGAAAUUGUGAAUGGUGCUGCAAUCGUCAUGCCUCUAGAUAUGAAUGUUUCUCUAGAAUUGAUCACCAGCUUGUAGGAAUGCACAUGUAAAAUUUUAAGAGAGAUUCAUUGCCCUUCCAAAUGAUAUACCUUUUACCUUUAUUCAGCAGUGUAUGAAAGCAUCCAUUUCCAAAACCCAGCACAUUUUAACUUUUGUCACUCUGAAUGACUGAUAUCUCAGUUUUAUUUUUUAUUUUAUACUGUACUUUACAUUGUUUUUGUUCCUUGAAGGGUGUAUAUUGUCCUGUUCUUAUUUUUACCAAAAUAAAAUAUUUCAAAUGAUCA